UUGGUGCUGAUGCGGGACGGCACAGCGAGUGCGCUGGGAUGCGCAUCCCCGAGCGAGUGCUGAACGGCGCUCGGCGUUUUUCGCGUCGUGUGCACUUUUCUUCGGCUUUACGUGUACAGAAGUGAGUGAGGCGGAGGCAGACUGAGUCUCGUGCCGGCGGCGAUGGACGGCUCUCCGAUCAUUUUUGGGCACAACUGAAUCAAUGAGUGCGGUCCGCCGCAGCCUGGAUAAUGUGUAUUGACCGUCGCUGCCUGGCGCGUGUGUGAGAGAGAGAGAGAGAGAAAGAAAGAAAGAAAGAGAAGGAGAGAGAGAGAGAAAGAGGUAUUUCUGUGCAUUUCUGCGAGCGCCAUGGCGGACGCGGCCGAGUGCGGGGUCCGAGUCAUGUGCCGCUUCCGUCCGCUCAACGAGUCCGAGGUGGCGCGAGGCGACCAGUUCAUCCCGCGGUUCAAGGGCGACGAGACGGUGCUCAUCACGGGCAAGUCCUACGUGUUUGACAGGGUCCUGCCCCCGAACGCGACCCAGGAACAGGUGUACAACACCUGCGCCAAACAGAUCGUCAAAGAUGUCCUGGGCGGCUACAACGGCACCAUCUUCGCCUACGGCCAGACCUCCUCGGGAAAGACUCACACCAUGGAGGGCAAGCUCCAUGACUCCCAGCUGAUGGGGAUCAUCCCCCGCAUCGCGCGCGACAUCUUUGACCACAUUUACUCCAUGGACGAGAACCUGGAGUUCCACAUCAAGGUCUCCUACUUUGAGAUCUAUCUCGAUAAAAUCCGAGACUUGCUGGACGUGUCCAAGACCAACCUGGCCGUCCAUGAGGACAGUAACAGAGUGCCCUACGUCAAGGGCUGCACGGAGCGCUUUGUGUCCAGCCCCGAGGAGGUGAUGGAUGUCAUCGACGAGGGGAAAGCGAACCGACACGUCGCCGUCACAAACAUGAACGAGCACAGCUCCCGGAGCCACAGCAUCUUCCUCAUCAACAUCAAGCAGGAGAACGUGGAGACGGAGAAGAAGCUCUCGGGGAAGCUCUACCUGGUGGACCUGGCGGGCAGCGAGAAGGUCAGCAAGACGGGGGCGGAGGGGGCGGUGCUUGACGAGGCCAAGAACAUCAACAAGUCUCUCUCCGCCUUGGGGAACGUGAUCUCUGCCCUGGCGGAGGGAACCAAAACGCACGUGCCGUACAGGGACAGCAAGAUGACCCGCAUCCUGCAGGACUCGCUGGGGGGAAACUGCAGGACCACCAUCAUCAUCUGCUGCUCGCCGUCCGUCUUCAACGAGGCCGAGACCAAGUCCACGCUCAUGUUCGGUCAGAGGGCCAAGACCAUCAAGAACACGGUGUCGGUGAACAUGGAGCUCACAGCCGAGGAGUGGAAGAAGAAGUACGAGAAGGAGAAGGACAAGACCAGGAGCCUGAAACAUGCCAUACAGAGGCUGGAGGCGGAGCUUCGCAGGUGGAGGAGUGGGGAAACGGUUCCGGAGGAGGAGCGGCUCAGGGAACAGAAAGCCCCGGGGGGGUGCGACGGCACGUUCGCCGCCGACUGCCGCGCCUCGUCCGCCCGCCCGCUCUCCGGGGAGGAGAAGCGCAAGUACGAGGAGGAGAUCGGCGAGCUCUACAGACAGCUGGACGACAAGGACGACGAGAUCAAUCAGCAGAGUCAACUGGCCGAGAAACUCGAGCAGCAGAUGUUGGAUCAGGAUGAGCUGCUGGCGUCGACACGGCGUGACCACGACAAGAUCCAGGAGGAGCUGUCGCGCCUGCAGAUGGAGAACGAGGCGGCCAAGGAGGAGGUGAAGGAGGUGCUGCAGGCCCUGGAGGAGCUCGCCGUCAACUACGACCAGAAGAGCCAGGAGGUGGAGGACAAGAGCCGCGCCAACGAGCAGCUGAGCGAGGACCUGGCACAGAAGACGAACGCCCUGACCGCCGCGCAGAUGGAGCUCUCCCAGCUACAGGAGCUCAGCAGCCACCAGCAGCGCCGCGCUGCCGAGGUCCUGGGCCUGCUGCUGAAAGAUCUGGCCGACAUGGGAGCCGUCAUCGGCACGGGCGACAUCAAGGCGGUGACGGAGGCCAACGGCGUGAUCGAGGAGGAGUUCACCGUGGCCCGCCUCUACAUCAGCAAGAUGAAGUCGGAGGUGAAGACGCUGGCGAACCGCAGCAGGCAGCUGGAGAGCGCCCAGGCCGACGCCAGCCGCAAGAUGCAGGCCAACGAGAAGGAGCUCGCCGCCUGCCAGCUGCUCAUCUCCCAGCACCAGGCCAAGAUCAAGUCCCUGACAGACUACAUGCAGAAUGUGGAGCAGAAGAAGCGGCAGCUGGAGGAGAGCCAAGAUGCUCUGAUGGAGGAGCUGGCCGGACUGCAGGCUCAGGAGAAGAUGCACGAGGUAUCUGUGAUGGACAAGGAGAAGGAGCACCAGACGCGGCUCCAGGAUGCCGAGCAGAUCAAGAAGGCCCUCGAGGAGCAGAUGGAGAGCCACCGGGAGACCCACCAAAAGCAGCUCAGUCGCCUGCGGGACGAGAUCGAUGAGAAGCAGCGGAUGCUGGAUGAGCUCAGGGAUCUCAACCAGGGGUUGGAGCUGGAGCAGGACAAGCUCAGGUCCGACUAUGAGAAGCUGAAGCUGGAGGAGCAGGAGAAGGACGCAAAGCUGCAGAAGCUCAUCUCGCUCAACGAGAAGCAGGAGCAGGCCAAGGAGGACCUCAAGGGCCUGGAGGAGACAGUAGCCAAGGAACUGCAGACGCUUCACAACCUGCGCAAGCUCUUCAUCCAGGACCUCAACUCCCGCGUCAAGAAGAGUGUCGAGCUGGACUGCGAUGAUACGGGAGGCAGUGCUGCACAGAAGCAGAAGAUCAUCUUCCUGGAGAACAACCUGGAGCAGCUCACUAAGGUCCACAAGCAGCUCGUGCGGGACAACGCGGACCUGCGCUGCGAGCUGCCCAAGCUGGAGAAGCGUCUUCGUGCCACAGCGGAGCGCGUCAAGGCCCUGGAGGCGGCCCUGAAGGAGGCCAAGGAGAACGCCAUGCGCGACCGCAAGCGCUACCAGCAGGAAGUGGACCGCAUUAAGGAGGCCGUGAGAGCCAAGAACAUGGCCAGGAGGGGACACUCUGCUCAAAUUGCAAAGCCCGUCCGCCCCGGUCAUCACCCCGGUCAUCACCCAGCAUCCUCUGCCAUGCUGGCUCACGCCAUUCGCGGGGAUAGAGGAGGCUCCGGCACCCCGCACCACCACAACAGCAAGUAGGAGACGAGAAGAAGCUGUGGAGCAUCAGGCCACGUUCAGAGCUCCUCCCACUGAAUCACCUCUCCCACCCCGUCCAUUCGCCACCCAAGCCACGCCCCCUUGCCUUGAACCAGGUGCUUAAUGACAUCCGUCCGCGCUCCCUUCCCGCCGACACCAGCUGCUUGCUACCUCAACGAGGUCUCAGCGGCGCCGCCUGGGGGGUCCUCGCAGACGUGCGUCAUGGCAGACAGACGUGGAGGAGGUUCACCCGUAGGCAGAUUGGUGUCGCUCCCCGGGCCUGCUGAGGCAGGUGCACGUCUCCACAGCGUCACUUCAGCAUCUUCUCUCUGUAGUUCUUAGACAGGCCCCUUGGUGUUUGGUGUAAAACAUGGUGCAGCAUAGUCAGCCUGAGAGACACUCAAGAGCACAAGAGGCGCGGGAAGGCGUCAGUGAGAACAACCCCCCGAGCCAACGAGUCUCGAACGUAGAUUGUUCCGGAACUCCACUCUCUCACGGCGACUUCGCUUGCACCAGGUUCAGUUGCAUAAUUUAUGAUUUGUUGAUUUUUAUACCUGCUGGAAUGUUGCUUUUGAUACAGAAAACACCUUAUUUUGAUAUAUUAUUUAUUUUCAGAUGUAUGUUUUUUCUUUAAUUUUUUCAGAUGCAAUAUUUUACUUUUUAUUUUUGCAUUUCAGAAAUGUUUACAAUAUUAUCUAACAGUGCGGUUUCUGGUUCAGUACAAUGGAAUGGAACUGUAAAAGUUUGCCAAGCUUUUUAACAAAAAUGUAGUCACACGUCUCUAAUAUUUUGGUCAGCAGUUGAAUGAUUUGUAUUAAACACAUUUUUUGCUGUGAAGGCCACGUUAUUAACUACUUUAAAUUGUUACUAAUUACUAAUUUUUAUUGUUCCUAAAGGACAGGGUUAGAAUAAUCAGGACCAGGGUGACCGCGGUCAAACACACACAGUAUGGUCCUGACUGCAGGGAUGCUGAUCAGCCAUUCAGUCCACCUUGCAGUGAAUGAAAUUUGAUAUACUGGGUAUUCCAGGUGUAUUAACGUGUUUCAACCACUGCAGAAAUUGAAAAAUUAAAAUGAUUGUUUCCCUGGUCCAGUAUUUGAUCGAAAACAUUUUUUCCUUGUUUUCAAUAUUGUUGCGGUCAGUUUCCGGUGUAGUUGUCACUAAAGAUUGCCAGUAAAAGGGCAAAUUUAAAUAUCAAACAAACAAUUCAUCCUGGGGCUAAUGGGGUGAACUGAAUUCCACUGAUGCUCCUUGCAUUAUGGUGAUAACUGUUGUCGAAGAACAGUUUCCUUCAGUGUAAUAUUUAUUUGUAUGUUUGUUUAUUUAUUGGAUUUUGGCCUUUUUUUAAGGGAAGUCAGGGUUCAUUAAUGUUGACUGUAUUUUCACUGGAUUCUUGCUGCUCACCAGACACUUGCUGGUCCUUCUUAUUCCUCUUCAGUCUUAUAUCGGACAUCAAGGCAGGUACUUUAUAAUCUCUUUAAGCUACAAUAUCUUGUCUGUACUUGUAUUUUUAUAGUUCGCUAAACAGCGAUGUUUCUAUUUUAUACUACUGUUUUUUCAUUUCCAUUUUGGAAUUGUGUUUUCACCUGAUGUACUCACUGGCCUUUAUGCUGGGUGUGUUGGUGUAGACAGUCACCGCAGUCAUCUCCUCAUCCAGACCUGAAGCCUUAGAGGCGCUGGAUCCAUCCUUCCUCGUGUCAGUGAAUAGUGAACAAAGUUUGUAUUGUCAACCUUAAAAUCAGCUGCUCCUUGUCUCAGUUGGGUAUUUACCAUCCAAAGUCUGAAAUCAGUGGUGAAAAAAGUCAUGUUUAUUCUGACUUUGCUCUGAUUCACUCCAGUUACCAUGGCAUUUGUCCCUAUCGCCGUGCUAUUUGUUGUAUGACCAUGGCACGCAGUAACAAUUGUUCAGUUAUUAACAUCAAGCCCCUCAAAAACACCCUAGUAAUGAAUAGGUUUUCUUAUUGCAACAAGUGAAAUUAUCUGGAUACUGCAGUGGGGCAUCUUCUAUGGACAGGAGAGUCUCCUAGAUCCAGAAGAUUCUCAGAGGGACAGAAGGAUCUCUGAGGAACAAGAGGAUAUCCUGCGUACAGGAAGUUCUCUCAGGAGCAGUAGGAUCUCCGAGAUCCAGGAGACUCUGAUGGGGCAGUAGGGUCUCCUAGAUACAAAAGGUUCUGCUAGGGACUGGAGGAUCUCCCAGAUACAGGAGGUUCUCAUAGAGGCAGGAGGAUCUUCCAGUGUUCGCUGUUGCACCACCUGCUCAAACUUACACCGAUCUGACAAAGUUCAGGAGAAAGGCCAUGGUGACAGGAUCGAAUCAGUGCAGUAGUGCCGCAACAUGCAUCUGUCCAGUUUGUGAAGUGUGUGCUUGUGAGCUGUUCACAUGCCAUGAGAUAUUUGACACACCCUUUCGUCCUGGAAAUAAUAAUUUUAGAAAAUGAACACCAAGAGAGAAAGGCCACAGAAUUAUGUGGAAGUGAGAGGAAGGAGCCCCAGGGCCGACUGGGUUGGGAAGGGUCCAGUUGAAGCUCCCUUCCCAGGUGGCUACAGGUCCUUAACGGUCUCACAUGUCCAGCUGAUGCUGAUGAAAAUCGCAUGGUGUAAAGAUCCCCCCUGAAUGUCAAGUAAAAAAAAUAAAGUCA